GGGAUUCUCCGUUGCCAUCAGCAUGGCCCACAAGCAGAUCUACUACUCAGACAAGUAUUUUGAUGAGCACUACGAGUACUGGCAUGUUAUGUUACCUAGAGAACUUUCCAAACAAGUACCAAAAACCCAUCUGAUGUCUGAAGAGGAAUGGAGGAGACUGGAUGUUCAGCAGAGUCUUGGGUGGGUUCAUUAUAUGAUUCAUGAGCCAGAACCACAUAUUCUGCUUUUUAGAAGACCUCUUCCAAAAGAACAACAAAAAUGAAGUUUAUUUGGGUUCUUCACUUAAAUUUAUUUUCAAACUAUGUAUCUGUGUAUAUAUGGGUAGUAUUCAGUGAAUACUUGAAAAUGUACAAAUCAUUCAUCCAUACCUGUGCAUGAGCUGUAUUCUUCACAGCAACAGAGCUCAGUUAAAUGCCACUGCAAGUAGGCUGCUAUGCAAUGUUUAAGAUACAAUUUUUCUCUCUAGUCAAUUUUAUCUUUAAUAUAAGUGCCUAUUUGACUUCUCCUUGAAUUACAUUUGUUUAAUAAAGUUCACAUGUUACAUGUA